CAGCGCUUCCUUCCGGUCUGGAAACUGGUUUCCUUUGUGGGUCCCGGACCAGCGCAGGGCGGUCCGACAGCUGAGUGCAGGAAGCCGGUUAUUGGGGUGCGUGUCCUCGAGCCGAGGAGGGCUCUGCGGCCGGACAGGGGGCGCCGGGGGCCGGGAGAAAGCCCUCUUCCCUCCCGGGGCAUGAAUGGACCGGCUUGAGCCCGCUUUCCCUUCCCAGCCGCGGCGCGCCGGGACAGUGCCUCCCUUUCCCCCUGACGCUCCCUCCUCCGCAGUUACCGCGGCCGGACCGAAGGCCAUGGACGUCUCCUGCUCCCCAGGGUUAGCUGGCCCCACCCCCGGAGAGACAGACAGCCCGCUUGCCGCGCUGAGGGCACGUUAGCUCCGAGAUGAAGAACCCCACCCCCGGCGCUAAGUCUGGCCGCUGAGAAUGAGGACGGAGAAGCCUCCCGGGAGGUAGGGAUUCUCCCUAAGGAGAAGCCCAGACUUGCGCCUGACAGCAGAGCUUCAGAGAAGAGCCGGCGGAGUCCCCGCCGAAGCGGAUGGAUCUGGACGGGUUCCUGUGAGAGGGGAGCUCGGCAUCUGGGUACCACACAAGGGGUACGGAGAGCAUGGAACAGUGGAUGGCCAUGGAGCACCUGACGCAGAUUCUUGAGGGGAAAGCUCUAUCUUCUCAGAACCCUGGCUUUUCUCAAGAGGGGAACCCAGAAGAGGAGCAAAUGACAAUUCUUUUCCUGAAAGCCAAGACCCAGGAAUCGGUGGCCUUCAAGGAUGUGGCUGUGGACUUCACCCAGGAGGAGUGGGGACAACUGGAUCCUGCUCAGAGGGACCUGUACAGGGAUGUGAUGCUGGAGAACUAUGGAAACUUGGUCUCACUAGGGUUUCCAGUUUCUAAGCCAUAUGUGAUCUCCCAGCUAGAACAAGGGGAAGAACCCUGGGUGGUGGAAAGAGAAGUCUCAAGAGGCAUCUGCCUAGACUUGGGAACCAGGAUUGAAAUCAAGGAAACUGCAAAGCAGGAUGUCUCCGAAGGAGGAUUGUCUCAGGAAAUGAUCAUACAAAGAUUCACAAGAGAUAAUCUUUGGAAUUCUAAAUCAAGUGAUUCCUGGGAACAUGAAAGUUGGUUACAGGGACAGCAAAGAAGUGAGGAAGCACAUUUAAGGGAAGUGGCAGUCAACCACAAGCAAUCUCCAAUCUGGGAAAAAGACCAUGGGCGUAAUGACCUUGGAAAAAGUUUCAAUUUAAGUUCUAUCUUUGUUGCACAACACAAAGUUCCUGUGGGAGAAAAAUCCUAUAAAUAUGAUGCAAAUGGAAAUAACUUCCGACAAAAUCCACUAACAAUUGGCCAUCAGAGAAUUGAUUUGCGGAACAAACCUUGUAAAUGUAAUGAAUGUGGAAAAGCCUUUCGUUAUCACUCAGAACUUACCCGACAUAGGAGAACUCAUACUGGAGAGAAACCCUAUGAAUGUAAUGAGUGUGGGAGAGGCUUCAGUCAAAGCUCAUCCCUUACUCUACAUCUGAGAUUUCACACUGGAGAGAAACCCCAUAAAUGUAAUGAAUGUGGGAAAGCAUUCAGGCACACCUCAUCCCUUGUCAAACAUCAGAGAAGUCAUACUGGAGAAAAACCUUACGAGUGCAAUGAGUGUGGAAAGGCCUUCAGCCGGAGUACACACCUUACUGAACAUCAGAGAAUCCAUACUGGAGAGAAACCCUAUAAAUGUAAUGAAUGUGGAAAAACCUUCAGCCGGAGUACACACCUUACUGAACAUCAGACAAUUCAUACUAGAGAGAAGCCCUAUAAAUGUAAUGAAUGUGGGCAGGCCUUCAGUCACACCUCCUCCCUUGUUAAACAUCAGAGAAUUCAUACUGGUGAAAAACCCUAUGAAUGUAACGAAUGUGGGAAAGCCUUUAGUCGAAGAACACAUCUUACUCAACAUCAGACAAUUCAUACCGGUGAGAAACCCCAUGAAUGUAACGAAUGUGGAAAAGCCUUCAGUCACAUAUUGUUCCUUACAAAACAUCGGAAAAUUCAUACUGAAGAGAAACCUUAUGAAUGUGAUGAAUGUGGGAAAGCCUUCAGUCAUACUUCAUCCCUUAUUAAGCAUCAGAGAACUCAUACUGGAGAGAAACCCUAUAAAUGUAAUGAAUGUGGGAAAGCCUUUAGUCACACAUCUUCCCUUAAUAAACAUCAAAGAACUCAUACUGGAGAAAAACCCUAUGAAUGUAAUGAAUGUGGAAAGGCUUUCAGUCAGAGCUCAUCUCUUGCACUACACCAGAGUUGUCAUACUGGAGAGAGACCCUAUACAUGCAGUGAAUGUGGGAAAGCCUUCAGUCAUACCGCAUCUCUCAUUAAGCAUCAAAGAACUCAUACUGGAGAAAAACCCUAUGAAUGUAAUCAGUGUGGGAAAGCCUUCAGCCAGAGUUCAUCCCUUAUUAAACACCAGAGAACUCAUACUGGGGAGAAACCAUAUGGAUGUAAUGAAUGUGGAAAAGCCUUCAGCCAGAGUUCAUCCCUUUUUAAACAUCAGAGAACUCAUAGAAUCAUAAAAUAUUAACAUUGGAAGAGACCUCCUUGGUCGUGUAGUCUGCUUCCUUCAGGGUCACCCAGCUGAUAAAUGGCAGAGCUAGGACUAAAAGCUAGGUUCUCAACUCCCAGGCCUUUGCUCUUUCCAUUGUCUCACACUGCCCCUACCUUAUACUGUAUAAAACUGUCAUGAAUUAAAAUAUAUGGUAAUAGCAGCUCACAUUCAUAUAGCAUUAAAGGUUUGCAGAUUGUUUUCUUAAGAACCCUAUGAAGUAGGUAGUAAAGUAUUGUCCCCAUUUUAAGGAUGAAACAGACUCAGGCUAAGUAACUUAUCUGAAGUCACACAGGUAAUGAAUAUCAGACCCAAAAUUUGAAUCCUGGUCCCUUAACAUCCAAGUCCAGUGAACUUUCCAGUACCCGUGCUGCUUCAUGUAUGAGUUCCAUGUAUGUAAAAUCUUUAGUGUCCUGGUUCCUUGUCGUGGUUGAGACCAAGGUGCCCCAAAGGAAAGGGAAUAGAUCAGAAGAUUCUGCCAAGAAUGUAGGCUGUGCUGACCUUGUGUCACAGACUCAUCAGAGCCACCUCUCUUUGAGGUUCUGUGUAACAGCAUGGCUUGGCAUAUAAAAUUUGUGAGAGGGACAGUCACAGCACAAGGAAACCCAUAAAAACAUCUGAGAGCACUUUCUCCACUUGUAUUUAUUGUGAUUAAGCAAGAUCCUAUUCACCUAUCUCUUGUUCAUUCCCUCCUAACACCAUCAGCCCUGCACUUGUGCUAUGACUAGGACCAAUCUUCAGACACAAAGUGAGAGUCUGUCAUUUCUCCUCUCGUAUGUGCUGGCUGCAGACAUUGUCAGCAAGCCGGAAAACCCCCUCAGCUUUUCUGCGUUCACAGACGAAACUGAAGCCCUUCCUUGCUAUGCCAUCCUUAAAUCACUUCAAUCCUUACUGCAUAUUGGAGAAUUCGGAAGGGCAGCAUUAUUAACAAUGGCUAUAGAACAACCUUGGGCAUAAUUUAUCCUUAUAUGUCAGACACAUCCCACUGGAGAGUAGAUGUGAAAAUGAGGAAAAAUACCUCUUGUGCUUAGUCAUAGUUACUCCUCUGCUCAAAAACCUUUAGUGGUUUCCCAUUGGCCUUCAGAGAUAAAAGUCUAAUCUCAUCUUAUUAAUUUACUCCUAGCUUCAACCCAUCUGGUUUGCUUAUUUGCCACUGAUUCACCUUUCAUUGAGUUCCGUUACUCAGUGCUAAUGCUAUGGAAUGCUUUUCCCAUCACUUCUACAAAAAUCAGCUCAAAUUCCACCUCUCUAAAAGACUUUCUUGACCUCCUCCUAAAUUCAGUGAUUUCCCUCUACUCUGAACUCAUAAAAAUUAUUGUAUGAAUUAUUGGUAAUCAUGUACUUUAUUGUGGUGUCUUGUUGACUUGAACUGUUAUUUAAAUACUUAAAUGUUAUUUAAUUUUUCACACAUGAAGCUCCUUGAGACCUGGGACUGUCUUAUGUGUCUUUGUAGCUCACAUAGCACUUGGCACAGUGCCUUGCACAUAAUAAGUGCUCAGCACAACUUUAUUGAUUUGGCAUCCAAACUUUAUGAAAAUAAAAUAUCAUGGUUUUUGCA